AUGGGGACGGGACCGGCCCGUCCCGGUGCUGAGCCCGGCACCGGCCCGCACCGGGAGAACCGCGGAGCCUGCCCCGGCCCCGCUGCCACGGCAACCGUGACGUCGCGCGGGGAGCAGUACGACGCGGCGCGGCGCUUUGUGGCUCGCUCGGCGUGCGGCGCGAUGGCGGAGGAGUGGCUGGGAACGGAGGUGGCGGCGGGGAGCGAGAGUGGGGACGGGGAGGAGGAGGAGGAGGAGGAGGAGGAGGAUGAGCCUGGCCCGGGGCCUGUAACCGCGCCUGCCUUGCGGCAGGGGCAGGAGGAGGGCGAGCGGCGGCACCGGCGGCUCCUGGAGGCGAUCAGCUCCCUGUCCGGGCGGAAGCGGCGGAGGCUGGCGGAGCGCACGGAGGCGAGCGCCCAGGUGUCCGAGUUCAACGUCAGCACCAAAGGGGCCGGGGAGAAGCUGGUUCUGUCGGAGCUGCUGCAGCCCAUCCGCCCCAAAUCCGCCCUGAGCGGCGUGAAGAAAGAGCUGACCCGAGUGAAGCAGAAGGCGGCAGUGGAGCUGCCGCUCAGCAAGGAGGAGGCCAAGCGGGUCGUGAGGGAAGCCGCCUACGUGACGACCUCCAAAGACGUGGGCAAAUGGCAGCAGGUCGUGCUGCAGAACCGGCGCGCCGAGCAGCUGGUGUUCCCGCUCAAGCAGGACAUUGCCACGGUUGUGCCCCUGGAGCAGGCGGUGUCAGCCUGGAAGGCCCGAACUCCCCUGGAGCAGGAGAUCUUUGGGCUGCUCCACAAGACGAAGCAGCCCAUCACAGACCCGCUCCUGAUGCCGGAGGAGGCGGCCUCGCUGCAGGCGAUGAGCUUGGAGGAGGCCCGGCAGCGGCGCGCAGAGCUGCAGAAGGCUCGGGUCGUGCAGUCCUACUACGAAGCCAAGGCUCGGCGAGAGAAGAAGAUCAAGAGCAAGAAGUACCAUCGCAUGCUGAAGAAAAGCAGGAGGCGCAAGGCCUUAAAGGAGUUUGAGCUGCUGCAGAAGUCAGACCCUGAGGCCGCCUUGGCCAGGCUGGAGGAGCUGGAGCAGCUCAGGAUGCAGGAGCGGAUGAGCCUUAAGCACCAGAAUAAGGGAAAGUGGGCCUGCUCCAGGGCCAUUAUAGCCAAGUACGACCUGGAGGCCCGCAAGGCCAUGCAGGAGCAGCUGGCCAAGAACAAGGAGCUGAUGCAGAAGGUGCGUGUGGAGCUGCCUGAGGAGAAGCCAGACGAUGUGCCCGAGGAGGACCUCAUGUCAGUGACCAUCCCCACCAUCCCCAUGGGCACCAGCAGAGCAAAUCCCUGGCUGUUGGGCAAACCCAGCAGCCCAGCCAAGGAGCCAGAGGCACAGGAGGGCCAGGGAGACGUGUUGGAGCCUGGUGCUGCAGAGAGCAAGGAGGAGAUGGAGGAGGAGGAGGAAGAGGAGAUGUCAGAGGAGGAAGCUCUGCUGCAAGACUUUGCGCAGAAGCGGCACGUGCGGCAGCAGCGGGCAGGGAGCCCUGAGGGACCAGGUGCUGAUGCGACAGAGGCAGUUUCUGAACCUCUGGGGGACAUCCCUGUCCCCCCCGUCUGCGCCGAGGCAGAGGCGAGCACAGGGAUCGAGCCGAGUGCAGGGAUCGAGCCGCCUGCCGGUGCCCAGGAGGGGGUUCUGCUCUGGCAGCAGCUGGGCCGGGCGCGGACAAUGGAGGAUGUUGAGGCUCUGGCCUCGGAGGAGCAUGUGGAGGAGCCGGUGGCCACAGGAGCAGAGACAGGAGCGCGGCAGCCGGUGGCCACAGGAGCAGAGACAGGAGCGCGGCAGCCGGUGGCCACAGGAGCAGAGGCAGGAGCGCAGCAGCCAGUGGCCGCAGAAGCAGAGACGGGAGCGCGGCGGCAGCAGGAGGAAGGCAGAGCUGGGGCCAGGCCUGCCAAGAAGGCAGCAGCCCAGAAGAAGCAGCUGAUCAGCCUGCAGGCCGUGCUGGAGGGGCGGGCGCAGGAGGCUCAGUGCCCCAGCCUGCCCGUGCUGCUGGAGGAGGAGGAGGGAGGCAUCGACCAGCGCGGGGUGAUCACGGAGGCCUUUGCCGGGGAUGACGUGGUCGCCGACUUCCGCCGGGAGAAGCACAAGGCGGAGCAGGAUGCGAAGCCGCAGCCGGUGAACCUGGUGCUGCCGGGCUGGGGCGAGUGGGGGGGCUCAGGCCUGAAGCCCAGCACCAGGAAGAUAAAGCGGUUCCUGCUCAAGCCGUCGCCGGCGCCUCCGAGGAAGGAUCAGCACCUGCCCCACGUCAUCAUGAGUGAAAAGCGCAACAUCUACGCAGCAGCACAUCAGGUCAGCGAGCUGCCCUUCCCCUUUGAGAGGCACCAGCAGUUUGAGCAGAGCAUCCGGGCGCCCGUGGGCGCCACGUGGAACACGCAGCGCGCCUUCCAGAAGCUGACAGCGCCCCGUGUCAUCACCCGCAGCGGCCACAUCAUCCAGCCCAUCUCUGCCGAGGACAUUCCCACUGCGGCCAGGCCCGCGCUGGAGCCGGUGCCUGGGCAGGGGGCGCAGCGGGGCUGGCGCCGCGGCAGGAUGGGGCUGUAGCUGCGUGCGGGCCCGUGCCUGGGCUGUGCCCCCCUGCACGGCCUCUGCCCGCGGGGGGGGCCUGGAGCUGCUGCCCGGGGCUGGGAGCAGGCGCAGAGGUGAGCUCAGUGCUGGGGCUCACUUUGCCCGGGGGCUCCUGUCUUUCAUACCCCCAUUUUUUAUAUAUAUAAAUAUGACAUAUAUAUAACACGGUAUUUCUUGA